UGAUUGCCUGCCUCUGCUUUCGUAUAUGAGGCAGCCGGUGCUUUUGGCUGGGAGCCCAGGCAGGGCUUUUGUAAUCAAAACAUGAUCCUGUAUGCGGUGCAACCAGUACUGAGAAAGGCCGACGGAUGGCUCUCCUCUUUUAGCCCUGCUGUGGAAUCUGCCGAGCUUCACCUCUGAUGUCCAAAAUGCACCAUUCUCUAUUAUGAACUUCUGGAGUGACAACUUUUUAUGGUACCAGGAUGCUGCUAUGGAUGAUGCAGUGUUGCAGAAAAAAGAAGAGAAAGACGUUGAACUGGAUAAAAAAAUUCUAGCUCUGAGGAAGAAGAAUGAAGCUCUCAUGAGAAGAUACCAAGAAAUAGAAGAAGACAAGAAACGAGCCGAACGAGAAGGAAUGGCUGUCACUACAAGGAAGGCUAGGCCAGAUGGCCUUACCAUCACUAUCACCAAACCACAUAAUGAGAAAAGGAUUGUGAACGAGAAGUGGGGAAGCAGUUGCUCUUCUGCCUCAAGCUUUGGGGUUGGUAGUGAGGAAGACGAUGAAGAAAGUGAUCACGUGUUCACAUUCAGGAUGGGGAAACGGGUUCAGUUGGCCGUGACCAUGGACAACAAAGGCAAGGGAAAGCGGGUUGUCCAAGAAAAAUGGGGAUCUGAGGAGCCUGGGAAUCCAGCAGAGGGCCCAGAUAUCCGCGAAGAAGAGAGGGAUGAGCGGCUUGCUUUCUGUAGAGGAAGAAUGCAGAUUGCUAUUACAAUGGAAAACAAAGGCAGGACAGAUGAAAGGAAAACAUCAGAGAGGAAAUGGGUUGGUGAAGACAACCCUCCCAAGACUGUACACCUCAGAAAGGAAAGAGAGAAUUCUCCCCAGGAGAGCCCAACAGAAAAAAACUGCACCCUGACUGGGAGAGAACGGUCAGAAUACAUGCAAUGGAAGAAAGAACGGGAUCAGAUUGAUCUUGAGAGGCUCACCCGCCACAAGAAUGCAAGGGGUGAAUGGCGACGGGCUUGGGAUGUAGAGAAAACCAAGUGCAUGUUUGAGGAUAUAAGGGAUGGAAAACCAGUCUUGGACUGUCCCCAGAAUAAAAAAGGGGGGAAAAGUGUCCGGAAGUCCCAGUUACGAGCUCUACCUUCUGAUGGGAAAGGUGGAGGACAACGCAGGAAGAGCAGCACUGAGUCAGUUUCCAAAUCACUGCUGGUGGUGAGCAGUAAAGCCAGAGGGAAAGAUAGGUUGACAGGUAGAGCCAGAAGAUGGGACAUUAAGGAAGGUGAUGAAAUGCCCUUUUUAAAAGAUGAACUUGAUGAUCAACGAUCAAUUAACAUGGAAGAACAAAAGAAUCUAACUCUGGUCAGCGAAGAAGGGAAAGAGCACCAUUGCCUACCUGGACUAGAGAAUUAUAUAAAGCUAAAAGAAUCUAAUAUCCCCGUGGCACAGACCAAAAGAAAUGAAAUGGACUCAGGUUCAAGGGAAGCCCAAAGCCCAAAUGAAAAAACCAGAAGGGGCCUUAUCCAAGAUGUCAGUAGAGAUGAGACUGAGGUAAAUCUCAAACUCAAAAAGGCAAUAUCCGGACCUGAUUUGUCUCCUAAGACUAACUAUAAGAAUAGCUGCCAGGAAAUAUCCAGAGUGAAGGCUUCUAGGGACGUAAUUCAAGAACUCCAUGAAAAUUGCUUAGAUAAAAACACAUGUUCUGAAAGGCACCCGGAGGAGGAUUGUCCUGACAACUUUAUCAAGCUGCCAGAUGUGAUGGAAACAGGUAGCAGGGGCCAGGAAUUGUCAAUAAUAAGACAAACAGAAGAAAUCCAUAUUGGAAGCCUCAAGAAGCAGGUAGCUGUUGGGACAGAAAAGAAUAGUACAGCCUGCCUUGCACACGGGGAGGAAAACAAGACUUCCUUUGGAGAAAUUCAAGGGAUAAGGAAUGAAUGUGCACCAGAAGGAACAAAAAUUUGCAACUUGAAGCAAGACAAGCCUGAGUCAUGCAAUAAGGCAGUACAUAAUUAAUCUAAGAAUGAAUUGAGCUCUCAGCGGGCUGAAGAUUGACAAGAAAUAUGUAUGUAUCCAAAAUGAAAACCUAGAAUCUUUUGCAAGAACUCCAGAGGAGUGCUGAGAACUUAUAAAGGAAAAAACCCCACAGAGACUUUGUCAUUUUUCAAAAAUGAUUAAUUUCAAGAAUCAGGCUACACAGCUGGGGAAAUUUCUAAAAUACCCUGGAACUGACUUCAGCCUUCUCUCCUGGUGUAAGCAAGAACAAUACAGCCAAAGCCUUGCACAGAAUGAAUCUGAGGAUAAAUGUACAAGAUCAGCUUUAGAAUAAGAGGGAACAUAGAAGGUUAGUGUGAUUGAGCAACAUAAAUGACUUGUCUCAAUAAAUACAAGAAAUUGGUUGUUUUGCCUCUCCACAGUGAGCUUCUGUUUUAGAGAAUGUGAGUAACAACACAAUCCCUUGCAGAAUUUAUCUGGAGACACAAGUGUGAUUUGAUUUGACCAAAAAUGUUUGAAAAUGACUGAAUAAUUCAAAGAAAAAAACUCUGAAACAAGAAACACAGCUCCAACUGUGCUUCUCCAAAUAUUCUGCUGAUUUUUCAUCAUAGUUAGCUGGAAAUUUAUACACACAUAUAAAGACAUGAUUGUUAAAUUUUUUAUUGAUUUCUACUAACAAAUGCUGGUUUGACCCAUCUGGCAUUUCAUCUAACUUUCCUUUGUGAUUACUGAGCAUUAAACAUCUGUCAGCAAGAUGCAAACUCUUGCAUUUGAAACAUAAAUACUGCUAAGUGCUAAUUCAGCAACUCUGAAAAAGCAUUGCAGUAUCCUGAAGAGAAAUCCAUUUUCCUAUCCUCUCUUCCUUUCUGGUCUUCAGCCAAACAGCUCUUUCAUGCACAUAAAUAUCAAAGCAGAAUCAGUUGAUCUUCCCUCCUUAUAAAAAAUCUUAGAAGCUGCUGGUAACUUUACAGCUUGAAAAAAAAUUACUUAUUCUUGGGAUUACAAUUUCCAAGUUCAUACUUUCUUGAAAUACAUUUGAACAGUUGUGGCAUAAUGUUCUAAAUAAAUAUGUACUGUAAUUCUCUGAUUCCAGCUGUGCAAAUGUAGGAACAGAGAACAAGAGAAAACUAGCCAUUAUUUAUAACGAGCGUGUCCAACCCUCGGCCCACAUGCUGUAUGCGGCUCUGGACUUGUAAUGCAAUCCCACAAGAUGGUAAACUUUUAACAUUAUUAUGUGAUUUAUAUAUACUGACUAUAUAUUUUAUAUGCAGCCCAAGACAAUUUCUCUUCACUCAGUUGUAGCACAGGCAACACAAAAGUUUGGACGCCCAUGAUUUAUAACUAAAGUUCUUCCAGCAAUUAGGGUGUUUUCCCACUUUUAUUCUGAGCUACAGUAGAAACAAAUCCUACAACAUUCUGGAACCCUAGUCACAAAAUUAUGCUUUUGACCUGCCUUAUGUGAAUUUUUAGUCACUCUCCUGUGAUCUAUAAUGCAAAUCAAGAUCUGUUAGUGAAAGCUCAGAAGCCAAGAAGCAGUUUAUUGGGGGGGGGAGGGAGUCAAGAACCUGAGGGG